GCGGUUGCGCUCCUCUUGGCCAAUCUCGGCCCUAUGCUUUCUUUCGUGCGCGUGUGACAAAUGACGUUGGGUUGUUCAUUCAUUUGCUUUCAAGACUACUUUUUAUUUUGAAAUACAUAUGUUUAUAUUAAUUCUCAAAGUGUACACUAUCAUCCUACGUGAAGAACUGUUCGCGAAUAUGCUUAAGAUAUAAUGUGCUGUGUAAUAUUUAUGUGAAGUGAUAGUGCAAUUUUGGAGGUAAAAUGCCCGCUUCCAUUUGCGACCCUGUAUCAAGCGCAUUGCGUUUGUCUCUCGCCGCAGAUGAAUCCCAGGGUUCGUCUUUGCUGGACAGUAGACUGUAUUCUUCUGCAAAAAGUGUGCUCCUUUCAAAGAUAGAAUUCGAAGAAUCAGGCGAUUAUCAAAGUAACGUUCUCGAUGGACUGAAAUCUAAAUACGUGGUCAUACGACCUAAAAAACCAGUGUUAGACAGUAAACUACUUAAAAAAGACGGAAAUGCAGCGAACCAGGCAUCAGAAGGAAACAAAAGUGAAGAUGGCUUACCAAAGCCAAAACGUGUGCUGUUUCCUGUUGAGAAGCUUCAAUUGGGAUGGCAGGGGUCCUGGUCAGCAGGUGCUGGCAUGCAAAAUGUUGGAAACACCUGUUACCUGAACUCGACCCUACAAGCACUCUUUCAUGUUCCUGCAUUCGCCAACUGGCUUAUUUCUGAAGGAGCACAUGCAGAAAAAUGUAAUCAACAAGAAGCUUGUGUCAUUUGUGGCAUGCGCGCUACACUAAUAGCCACACAGAAGAGUGGCGGAGCCCCCAUCAAGCCGUGGCAGGUUUAUUCCAAACUGAGAAUAAUUUGCCGCCACCUGACACCUGGUAGACAGGAAGAUGCUCAUGAGUUCCUGAGAUAUCUUGUGGAAGCCAUGGAGAAAUGUUACCUGUCACGGUUUAUCAACUCAGACAAACUUGACCAGUACAGCAAGGAGACAACUCCCUUAAAUCAAAUCCUCGGUGGAUAUCUGCGCUCCACAGUGCGGUGUCUUGCGUGCCAUCACCUCUCUACAACUUAUCAGCAUUUUCAGGACCUGUUAUUAGAUAUAAGGAAGCAUUCUACAUUAGAUGAGGCACUAGAUUCAUUUUUCUCAAGAGAAAGGCUUGAAGACUUAGGGUAUAAAUGUGAAGCAUGUAAUAAAAAGGUAUCAGCAACAAAACAAUUUUUCGUUGAGCGUGCACCAAUGGUGCUCUGCAUUGCCUUGAAGAGAUUCUCCUUAGCAGGGGGGAAAUUAUCUAAACAUGUGCAAUUCAGGAAGAAGAUAUCCCUCAGCAAAUACAUGUUCAACAAGAAUAACCAUCAACAAUUGUCAUACAAGCUGGUGAGCCUGGUGACGCACCUGGGUCCCGGGCAGAACUGCGGGCACUACACGGCGCUGGGGCAGGCGCCGGGCGGCCAGUACUGGCAGUUCGACGACAGCUCCGUGCGCGCGCUGCCGCUGUCCGCCGUGCUCGCCACCAACGCCUACAUCAUGUUCUUCGAGAAGGACGACGACGCGUCCUACGGGCCCCAGCCGGCCGCCGACCAAGACAAGAGCCCCCUCAAGCUCACCUUCUACCGCGAUAACAAACCCAACAGCACCUCCACCGAACCCAAGCUCGACCGGCCUAUCAUCCUCAACAGCACCCUGAGCAAAGCGGAAACCUCGGACUCUAAUACGGAACCUUGGGUGCUCAAGCAGAAUGGGGAGGUGGAAAAAGUCGCACAGCCUCCCAAAAUCACGAUAGACAAGACGGGCACCAAUAGAAUAAGCUUCGUCGUGAAGAGUCAAAACGGCGACGACGACUCGGCGACGCGGCGGCACAAACUGUCGAAGAGCGACCCGGAUCUCAGAUCCGUUCCUAUUAUUAGAACUACCCCCGACAAGUCUCCCGCGUCGACGAGUAAACUAGUUAGGCCGUCGAAAUCGCCCCUAGAGAAACUAGAGGAGCAGAUGAAUAAGAACGAUUUUUCCAACCAGAUUCCGAGAAACGGAAACGGAAAUUCGAAGCUGGUUCCUUACGAUUCGGAGUCUAGCGGCGACGAGCGAGGCUCGGAUAAGGAGGAGGAGGGUCGGAAGCCCCGCCGCGACGGGCCCGGCGUGCUGGGCACCAAGGGCGUGUGGACCGUCUCCAGCGAGACGGGCGGCCCGCUGCUUAGUCCUAGUUUGAACGGCGACACUAUUAAGAAAGCAAAAGAGGCGGAGGAGAGGCGGACGGAGAACGAGCCGAGCCCUCACACCAGCGUGAGCAGCAUGUCGCCGCUGUCCGACCGCAGCUCCCCCUCCGCGCCGCGCCAGCCCCCCGCCCCCCCUGCCCCCCUCACCCCCCUCACCCCCCCCACCCCCCUCGCGGGCGCGGACACGGCGCGCCACCUCGGCGCGCUGUCGCACCGCGGGUACGGCGCGCCCGUCGACACCUGGAACGGGACGCACAGCGCCAUGUCGCGGCAGGUAUUCGAGGAGCGGCGCGAGGAACGCAAGCGCGCGCUCGAGGGCGCGGACGACAUGGACCGCGGCCGCACCAAGAAGCUCAAGACCUUCCACCACUACAACCGGUUCAACAACCGCAACUCCUACAACCCCUUCCAGGAGAAGCAAAACAAGCCCCACUGGGGCGGCGGCGGCGGCGGCGGCGGCGGCGGCGGCUUCAAGUACCGCGCCGACCGCCGGCCGCACCACUUCAACAAACACCACAACAACAAGUACAAGCGAUUCAAUAGGUACAACGGGCACCACUACCCGCGGCACCAUUGACCCUGGCUGGUCAGCUUGUGCUUCACCAUGUACAUAUAGCUUAAAUUACAUUUCUAGUUUAACUUAUUCUAAGUGCCCACUGUACCGUGUUUCUAUAGGCGUCUCAACUAAGUGUAAACAAACAUUAACGAAACGUACGUUAUUACAGAUAGAUAGAUAUAAAACACCAUGUUCAGUUUAUUUACAUUUAGUAAUAACCUAUAUAAAUACACUAGUUUACAGUAUAAAAUUGUUGCGCUGCCACUAGAGUCCAAAAACGAUUGUAGAAUGCAAAGAUUUUAUCUAUCGAAAUCAAUAGUCAACUGCCAGAGUCAGCCUUAUAAGAAAACUAUCUGAAAAUCUUCUAUAUAUCCAAUGACAUACCUAUUCUAGUUGUAGGCGAUACAUUAUUUGUGAUUUAUUCAUUAAAAUAAUGAUUUUGCCUCAACAGUGAUUAGCUAUUACUAAUCGAUCGAAUAGUUGUAUUAUUUUUUAUCAGUAUAUACCAUGCAAUAAUUAAUUGUUAAAUCCUUAAGCUAAUUGUUACCUUUUGGAAUAAAUAGUUCACUAUUACGAGACAAAAACGUCUUGAGAUUCCACUAAGCGAGACGUGUUGGUGUCUGAAACUCAACGGGACUGAAGAGUAUUUUUAUUAUAAGAAACGGCCAGCGUGUGGUUAAAUAUUAAGCAUAAUUAUUAUUUACAAGGAUUUAUCGUAAUAAACUUUAAUAAAAAAUAAUUAUGUAAUUUAAGCAUGUGUAUACCAACGCGAAUAGCCAUCCUGUAAUUUGAAUAUUAUGUUAUCCUGUAUGUAGAAACGUUCGCUUGUUUUGAUUGAGAUUGUCGGAAUUUUGGUCGGAAUUAAGUGCUGCCCUGCUUAUGAAAAUGCAGUACUUGCAUGAAAAAUAUCGUUUAAAUAAAGACCUUAUUAAGCAGAACAAGAUAAACAAUUGCAUGAGUUUUCCAAUGUGAUUACUGCAUUUGCGAUAAGCAGGGCAGAGUGACGCCACGAUGUUUAUGCGAUUUGCUUAUUCUGUACAUACUUCUAUUUUUCUUUCAAAUAUUCGAACUCUUGUUUAUUGUAUUCAGACCACAUUCGAAGGAGUCUGUGAAUAGUUAUGGGCGUAUUGACGUUGAGGUUCUUGUGGUAAGCAAAAGCUUGUUAGACAAAUUCGUAGGCAGCCUUCCGAGUCGCCUUAAAGGUUGUCGAUCUUUGUAAAUAGUGAAGAACUGAGCUUUUACAGAGUUAGCGUGAAUGGUGAUUUGAUGAAUGGUAAUUCGAAAUGUGGCAAUAGUAACAUUUUGUAUAACAGCCAAAUGCGUCGUCCCUCCAGUACCUUAUAAGAAAACGUAGGUUUGCAUUUAUAUAAUCAAUGCAUAACACACUGUAGUAACAACACUAAAGUAAGGACGCUAACCACGAAAAAUAUCGUAUGUUGACACACUUGUUCCUAUCUCUAUCGCACGCGCAUAAUUAUAGUGCUGUCCCGCUCGUAGUGUCAUUGACCGUCGGCAUCAUGGGUGGGACAUCAAUAAUAAUCAAUAUGUACAAUUACGCGCGUGCGAUAGAGUUAGGAACAGGCGGGUUCGUACGAAAUUCUUUGUGCUUAGGGUCCUUACUUUACUAACCGUUGGUAGACCUUAUUGCGUUGUGAUACGAGUUACGAAUGGUCAGUCUACUGUGUCGACGAUGGUAGGUACAACACAUCCUCGACUACAUUUUAGCCUUAUAUUUUAGUACAGUGUGAUAUGUUCGUUUUUAUUCCCUUAAAUAUGUAUUUAUUUUCAGUCUCAAGUAGAGAUGUUUUCUUUGUGCGUAUUUUUUUAUUCAGAGCUUUAGGUAUGUUUUUGACGUAUUUGGAAUAUUUGACGUAGCCCUAGUGUGAAAAAUAAUAGUAUAUACGCGUUGAUUGCACAGCGUGUCAAAAUAAACUAAUUAAAUGCAACAACAA